AUGUCUUCCAUCCUGACGGUUCUACUCGCGUUUUUGCCUUUGUACGAGUCUCUGGAUGUCGACACGGCCGGCUUAGCUUUCCUUGGUUUCCAAAAAAAGUAUGGCAAGAGCUACGAGAGUGGGGAAGAGGAGAUCAAGAGGGCCGCAAUUUUCCAGGAUAACCUGGAUUACAUUCAGAAAGUCAACGCCCAGAAUUUGUCGUACAAAUUGGCAGUCAACGAGUUCGCGGAUCUCACUUUCGAGGAGUUUGCUGCUGUUAGGCUCAGUUCAAUCGAAACGCAUGGGGAGAUGGAGAGAGAUGGAUUUGUUGAUGAGUCUGGAACUGACCCUACUCUCCCGUCCUCGGUUGAUUGGAGAGACAAGAAUGUACUCACUCCGGUCAAGGAUCAAGGAAAUUGUGGCAGCUGUUGGGCAUUUGCUGUGACCGGUGCUCUCGAAGCGAAGCAUGCUAUCGCUACUGGUGAACUGUUGUCCUUUUCCGAACAACAGCUCGUGGAUUGCAGCCGGUCAUAUGGGAAUCAUGGUUGCCAAGGAGGAUUACCCCGCUUCGCCUAUAACUACAUAAGAGACCAUGGAAUCGACCAAGAGUCGACCUAUCCUUACAAUAUCUGGAGCGAGUCUUGCAAUCAGUCGCUCGAGAAAAGAGCCGACGGACUCCCAGUCGGAGAAGUAACUGGCUACAAAUACCUACCCCAAACGGACAAGGCACUGAUGGGAGCGCUGGUGGCUGCUCCUGUUUCUCUGGGCAUGGUUGCGGAAUCAUCUCUUCAAUUCUAUCAUUCCGGAGUAUACUCAUCCCCCAUGUGUCAUGGUCAACUGAAUCAUGGCGUUGUGGCUGUUGGUUAUGGAGCUGAUGAAGGACAAGAGUAAGAGCUGACAUUUCCAAUUUUUCUGUCAGAUGCGAUUGACUUUAUCACUCGGUGCGAGAGCCUCGGUUGCUAACAGCGUGGUAUAUCUAAUAGAUUUGGAUACUCGCCGCUCAGUUACUACAUCAUUAGAAACUCCUGGGGUCGUUCUUGGGGUCAAGACGGUUACUUUAUUUGCUGCGGGGAGGCGGUGGUUAUGGUGAGCAUUGACGUCCAUGAUGGCAUCAGCAAUGUAAUCACUCCUAGGUGAAUGCGACAUACUCAAACAAAUGUCUGUUGCGACAAUGAAGUCCAGAUGAAUCUGCUAGUUGCUGACGAUGAAUCGCGCGAGAACAAAAGUCAGAUUAUCAUAUUAUGAUCUUUGCGAGCUUUCAUCUCCAUAAAUUAUCAUGAAAAAGUUCUGAAGAAACGAUUGUUGUGGAUUGCUACUCAAACUAGAUGGCGUUCUUCAGCGCACCGCACUUUGUUUCAGUAUUUUUAGAAUACUAGGCGUUGGAGGUUGCACAUUGCGCAGUGCACCGUGGCUUCUGUUUCCAAACAAAAGCUGUCAACACAUAAGCUCUGAAGCUCAUCGAUUCCAUAAUCUCACCAUCGGUUUUCA